AGGCCGAAUAAAUCGAAUAUAAAGUCUGCCCGUUUUUCACAAAUUUCAAAAAAGUAUAUUUUUAUUAUUCUCGCUCGAAAACUGUGAUAGAAUAUCCUGGUUCAAAAAUGUCCCGUGCCAUACUCUUUGUUCUCCUUGUCGUUGCUUAUAUCUGUAUAAGCAACGUGAACGCUUGUGGACAAAACGAACAAUUUAAAGAAUGCGGAGGUUGCGACCAAAGGUGUGGAGUUGAAAGAAUCGAAUGUCCCGAGGUGUGUCAACCUCGCUGCGCUUGUAUCAAAGGAUUCGUAAGGAAUGCCGCAAACAAGUGUGUCUCACCUAAACACUGUUAAGAUCUUUUCAAUAUGAAUUAAUUAAAGUAAAUGCUAUUCUUCAAAUAUAGGAGUGUUCGAGAAAAAUAAAAUGUAAUUAUUAAAUGUGCAAA